GCUCCCUUUAGAGUAAACCCUCGGGGAUUAUAACCACCAGGAGGAUGGAUAACUUCUUCACGGAGGGUGACCGGGUGUGGUUACGGGAGGACGAGCAGACCCUUCCCAGCACCGUGUCCUCGUGCUCUGGAGGCGUGGUUGUCUUCGCCACAGACUACGGCCAGGUGUACACCUACAAGCAGAAUGCUCUCACCAGACAGAAGGUGCAGCCCAUGCACCACAGCAGCAUCAGAGGGGUGGAGGACAUGUCGGCCCUGGAGGACCUUCAUGACGGCGCCAUCAUGCACAACCUCUUCCUGCGCUACCAGCAGAGACACAUCUAUACGUACAUCGGCUCCAUCCUGGCGGCGGUGAACCCGUACCAGUCUCUCGCCGGCCUCUACGACCGGCCGGCCGUGGAUCUGUACAGCCGACACCACCUCGGCGAAAUCUCCCCGCACAUCUUCGCCAUCGCCAACGAGUGCUACCGCUCGCUGUGGAAGAGGCUGCAGAACCAGUGUGUCCUGAUCAGUGGAGAGAGCGGCGCUGGGAAAACGGAGAGCACCAAGCUGAUCCUGAAGUUCCUGUCGGCGAUGAGCCAGCACUCCCUGGAGGUGUCGUCCAGAGACAGGACGUCCCACGUGGAGGAGGCGCUGCUGGAGAGCAGUCCCAUCAUGGAGGCCUUUGGAAACGCCAAGACCGUCUACAACAACAACUCCAGCCGCUUUGGGAAGUUUGUCCAGCUGCACUUCAGCCAGAAGGGAAACAUCCAGGGAGGAAGAAUCAUCGAUUACCUCUUAGAAAAGAACCGAGUGGUCCGACAGAACCCAGGGGAGAGGAACUACCACAUUUUCUACGCCCUGUUAGCAGGAACCAACAGCCAGCAGAGAGAGGCGUUUGCGUUGGGCCAGCCUGACAGCUACCACUACCUGAGACAGUCCAGCUGGCUCGCCGACAAGACCAUCAACGACAGCGCCACCUUUCAGGAUGUUCAGAAUGCAAUGCGGACGAUGCAGUUCACGGAGGAGAACAUCGGGGAGAUCCUUCGCCUCCUGGCCGGGAUCCUCCAGGCGGGGAACAUCGAGUUCAUGACGGCCGGAGGAGCUCAGGUCUCCUCCAAGUCAGCAGCUCUCAGCAGAACUUCUGACCUCCUGGGGCUGAUCCCGGAUCAGCUGGCCGAGGUCCUGACCCACCGGUCCAUGAUCCUCAGGGGCGAGGAGAUCUCCACCCCGCUCACCGUGGAGCAGGCGGUGGACUCCAGAGACUCCAUGGCCAUGGCUCUUUACUCUCAGUGCUUCAACUGGAUCAUCCGCAAACUCAACAACCGCAUCAAAGGCAAAGAGGACUUCAAGUCCAUCAGCAUCCUGGACAUCUUUGGAUUUGAGAACUUCGAGGUCAACCGCUUUGAGCAGUUCAACAUCAACUAUGCAAAUGAGAAGCUUCAGGAAUAUUUUAACAAGCACAUUUUCUCCCUGGAGCAGCUCGAGUACAACAAGGAAGGCCUGGUUUGGGUCGACAUCAACUGGAUGGACAACGGAGAGUGUCUGGAUCUGAUCGAGAAGAAACUGGGUCUCCUGGCUCUGAUGAAUGAGGAGAGUCACUUCCCCAAAGCCACCGAUGACACCUUACUGGAGAAACUUCACAGCCAGCACUCAAAAAACUCUUUCUAUGUGAAACCACGGGUUGCCGUGCACAACUUUGGAGUCAGGCACUAUGCAGGAGAGGUGGUGUACGACGUGAGGGGGGUGCUGGAGAAGAACAGGGACACGUUCAGAGACGACAUCCUCAACCUGCUGAGGGAGAGCAGGCUGGACUUUGUCUACGAUCUGUUCGAACACGUAUUGAGCCGAAACAAACAGGACACUCUGAAGAGCAGCUCCAAGCACCGACGGCCCACCGUCAGCACCCAGUUUAAGGAUUCUUUGCACUCCCUGAUGGCCACACUCAGCACUUCCAACCCGUUCUUCAUUCGAUGCAUCAAACCAAAUAAACACAAGAUGCCUGACCAGUUCGACCAGACGUUGGUUCUGAACCAGCUCAGAUAUUCCGGCAUGUUGGAGACGGUCAAGAUUCGACGCACCGGCUUCCCCGUCCGGAGACCUUUCCAAGACUUCUGCUUCAGGUACAAGGUGUUGAUGCGGGGUGCGGUGACGCCGGACGACCACAGGGGGAGCUGCAUCGAGCUGCUGCACAGCUACGACAGCAGCAGUGCGGAGUGGCAGCUGGGAAAGACCAAGGUGUUCCUCCGGGAGUCUCUGGAGAAUCGCCUGGAGAAGCAGAGGGAGAUGGAGGUGCUGAAGGCCGCCAUGAUCAUCCAGGCCCACGUCAUGGGCUACAUGGCACGGAAGCAGUACAGGAAGCUGCUGCAGUGCAUUGUGGUCAUCCAGAAGAACUACCGGGCGUUCUACUGGAGGAGGAAGUUCCUGCUCGUCCGCUGGGCGGCGCUCACCUUCCAGAAGCGAGCUCGAGGCCAGCUGGCCCGCCGGGCCUUCAGCCAGCUGCUGGAGGAGAGGAGGAGGAGGGAGGAGGAGGAGAGGAAGAGGAGGGAGGAGGAGGAGGAGGUGGAGAGGAAGAGGAGGGAGGAGGAGGCGGAGGAAUUGGAGAGGGAGAGACAGAAGCUGGAGGCCGAGAGACUCGCCACAGAGGCUGAGGAGGCCAGACUACUGGAGGAGCUUCAUCUGUUGGAGGAGUUGGCCUCUCUGGCUUCGCCUCAACCUGAAGCAUCAGCUGCAGCAUCAGCGGACACCUCGGAGGAGCCGGAUUCAGCGGAGGCCCUUGAGGGGGCGUCCCAAUCGGAUGAGGCUAUCCGUCCUCACGAGGCGUCUCAGGUGGAGGAGAUCCUGCGGCUGGAGCGGGAGAUCCAGUCGCUGCAGAGGCAGAAGGAGCGUCAGGAGCUCUCCCUGACGGAGGCCUCCCUCAACCGCCUGCAGCUCCUCCGCGACCAGGAGCUCCGGCGCCUGGAGGACGAGGCCUGCAAGGCGGCGCAGCAGUUCCUCGACUCCCUGAACUUCGACGAGAUCGACGAGUGCGUGAGGAACAUCGAGAGCUCUUUGGGAGUCGGCGAGGCGGAGGAGAAGGAGAGCGGACGGAGGAGAGGCAGCAUGGAGGAAGAGGUCGACGAAGGGUUCGGGGCGGAUGACGAGGCCUUCAAGGACUCACCCAACCCGAGCGAGCACGGCCACUCGGACGGCCAGCGGACCAGCGGUAUCCGCACAAGCGAUGACUCGUCUGAAGAAGACCCAUACGCCAACGACGGUGUGACCCCACCCCUGGGUGCAACCGCCAUGCAACACCAGCCGCUGCCUUUACCGCCGGUGCCCACCGCCUGCCACAGCGCCUCAUCCAGCGGGGACUCGGCCUACUGCCACCCCCAGGCUUCGUCCGAGGCUCCGUCCGACGACCAGGUGGAGCUCAUACCGCCGGACGAGGAUUCGGACUACGACCAGGACGACUACGACGAAGGCGCCAUCGUGUCAAGUGGCAGCGUGGCCUUCUCCAACCCUCGCAGUGGCCAGUGGUCUCCGGACUACCGCGGCUCUGUAGGCACCUACAACAGCUCAGGGGCCUACCGCUUCAGCUCGGACGGGGCGCAGUCAUCGUUUGAGGACAGUGAGGACGACUUCGACAGGUUCGACACCGAUGACGAGCUGUCGUAUCGGCGGGACUCCGUCUACAGCUGCGUCACGCUGCCGUACUUCCACAGCUUCCUCUUCAUCAAAGGCGGUCUGAUGAACACGUGGAAGCGGCGCUGGUGCGUUCUGAAGGACGAGACCUUCCUGUGGUUCCGGACCAAGCAGGAGGCUCUGAAGCAGGGCUGGCUCCACAAGAAGGGAGGCGGCUCUUCCACGCUGUCCCGCCGCAACUGGAAGCGCCGCUGGUUCGUGCUGCGCCAGAGCAAGCUCAUGUACUUUGAGAACGACGGCGAGGACAAGAUGAAGGGGGUGCUGGACAUGCACGAUGCCAAAGAGAUCAUCGAUAACACCGGUAAGGAGAAUGGAAUCAACAUUGUGAUGCCAGAGAGGACCUACCACCUGAUCGCCGAGACCCCCGAGGAUGCCAGCCAGUGGUUCAGCGUGCUGAGUCAGGUCCACGGCUCCACAGAGCAGGAAAUCAGAGAGAUGCAUGACGAGCAGGCCAACCCCCAGAAUGCUGUGGGCACGCUGGAUGUGGGGAUGAUCGAUUCGGUUUGUGCGUCUGAUAAUCCAGAGAGGCCGAACUCCUUCGUCAUGAUCACGGCGAACCGCGUGCUGCACUGCAACGCCGACACGCCCGAGGAGAUGCAUCACUGGAUCACUCUGCUGCAGCGCUCCAAAGGGGACACCCGGGUCGACGGCCAGGAGUUCAUCAUCAGAGGCUGGUUGCACAAAGAGAUGAGGAACAGUACAAAAGCAUCGCUGAAGCUGAAGAAGCGCUGGUUCCUGCUUACCCACAAUUCCCUUGACUACUAUAAGAGCUCAGAGCGAAACUCGCUGAAGCUGGGAACGCUGGUGCUGAACAGCCUCUGCUCGGUGGUUCAGCCGGACGAAAAGAUCUUCAAAGACACUGGCUACUGGAACGUGAUCGUGUACGGCCGCAAACACUCGUACCGUCUCUACUGUAAGCUGCUGAAUGAGGCCACGCGUUGGGCCAACUCCAUCCAGAACGUCAUCGACACCAAAGCCCCCAUCGACACGCCGACCCAGCAACUGGUCCAGGACAUCAAGGAGAACUGUUUGAACUCGGAGGUGGUGGAGCAGAUCUACAAGAGGAACCCCAUCCUUCGCUACAGCCUCCACCCGCUGCACUCGCCGCUGCUGCCGCUGCCCUACGGAGACAUCCACCUCAGCGCUCUGAGAAACAGAAGCUACACGACGCUGCAGGAGGAGGCCCUCAAAGUGUUCGGCUCUCUGCAGCACCUGGAGGGCGUGGCCGACCCGGUGCCCAUCAUCCAGGGCAUCCUGCAGACCGGCCAGGAGCUCAAACCGCUGCGGGACGAGCUCUACUGCCAGCUGAUCAAGCAGACGGUGCGGCCGCCGCAGACCGGCAGCCCCGGGAACCUCUGCAGCUGGAAGAUCCUGGCCUGCAUGUCCUGCACCUUCAUCCCGACCAGGAGCAUCCUCAGAUACCUCAAGUUCCACCUCAAGAGGACUCGAGAGCUCCUCCCCGGCUCGGAGAUGGAUCGUUACGCCGCCUUCGCCCUGGACUCCCUGAAGAAGACUCGAGCCAGGGAGAACGUCCCGUCACAGGAGGAGAUCCGCUCCAUCGUGGCCCGGCAGGACAUGAGCACCACCGUCCACUGCCAUGGAGGAGGCUCCUGCAAGAUCACCAUCAACUCACACACAACAGCUGGAGAGGUGGUGGAGAAGCUGAUCCGAGGUCUGGCCAUGGAGGACAGCAGGAACAUGUUUGCUCUGUUCGAACACAACGACACCACGGAGAAAGCCAUCGAGAGCCGCACAGUGGUGGCCGACGUGCUCGCCAAGUUUGAAAAGCUUUCAGCCAGCCCAGACGAACACAACACCGGCUGGAAGUUUUACUUCAAGCUCUACUGCUUCUUGGACUCCGAAAAUGUCCCCAAAGACAGCGUGGAGUUUGCCUUCAUGUUUGAGCAGGCCCAUGAAGCCGUCAUCCGGGGUCAGUAUCCGGGCCCUGAGGAGACUCUUCAGUUCCUGGCUGCCCUGAGACUUCAGUACCUCCAGGGCGAUCACAGCUCCCAGGCCAGCGUCCCUGAAAUGUCCCUGGUGUUCCCCAUGGCACGAUUGCGGGCCCGGGUUCAGAACUCGGCCAAGACCUUCGCUCCGGGUACCGGCUCGGUGGCCGACCGCUCGGGGACGGCGGAGAGGAAACGCUCGAGCUUCCUGGAGGGAACGCUGAGGAGGAGCUUCAGGAGCGGAUCGCUGAGUCGGCAGAAGCUGGAGGAGGAGAACAGCCUGGAGGCGUGGAUGAGGGAGGAGGCGACGGCGGUGAGAACCAGCGUGAUGGACAAGUGGAAGAAGCUGCAGGGGAUGAACCAGGAGCAGGCCAUGGUCAAAUACAUGACCGUGGUGAAGGAGUGGCAGGGAUACGGAUCCACGCUGUUCAACGUGGAGUGUCGUGACGGGCCCUUCCCCUCCGAGCUGUGGUUGGGCAUCAGCCGAGAGGCCAUAUCGGUGUACAAACGAGGGGAGCCGUGGCCUCUGGAGGUUUUCCCGUACGAACAGAUUCUCUCCUUCGGAACUCCGCUGGCCAACUCCUACAAGAUCGCCGUCGAGGGCCGAGAGCUGGUCUUUGAAACGCAAAUGGUCAUGGACAUCGCCAAGCUGAUGAAGGCCUACAUCAGCAUGAUCGUCAAGAAGCGCUACAGCAACUGUCAGUCCGUCAGCAGCCACGGCAGCCAGUGUAGCGCCUGGUGAACUCCACCCUUUGACCUUUGACCUUACGGAGGAGCGCCCGCAGAGGGAUCGAGCUUGGCACCCGUCUUCGGCGUUCUGGAGAGAGCGGCUGGAACAUUUGACACGUCAGACUGACUCUGUGAAUGCUGGAGACAAACCACAAUGCUCUUAACGUCAAUAAGCUCAAAAUUAUUAUUUUGAAUGGUUUCAUUCCAAAACAUUAAACAUCCAAACCUGAGAGAUCAGAACAUCGUUAGAAGUCAUUUCAAGCUGGUCUGAUCAGCUGUUUAUUGGAGUCCAAAAGGAUCCACAGAGACGGAACAUUUUUAACUCGGUUAGUAAGCGUGAGAUUGCAAAGCAACCAGACUGAAAACUACCAGAAAACACAAGACAAAAUAAGACUUUUCAAUCAUCAUUCAUCAUCAUUCUUUUGGGUGUCACUUUUUCAAAACUCCCAAAAAACAAGCUACUUGAGUCGUGUAACUCUACGCUGACGACACCACGAGCUCUACUUUGUCUAAACUCACAAAGUCUGGAUGUUAUCACCGGUGAAAUAAUUGAUUAAUCGUCCGUUUUAUGAAUGGGAUGACGUCUACAGAAUUACCAAAGUUUUACAAUGAAACAAUCAGUUAACCCAGUAAAAUUACACAAAGAUAACACAAUGUUGUGUUUACCAAAAAAAAAAGGGUUUUCAAUAUCAAGUACACCGUAGCGUCGACUAGAACUAAUGGAAGGUAGCUAUUGAUCUAGUCAUUUGAGGACAAAAACGAUUAUCCAAUAACAAGAUUUAUGACAUGAAGAAUAAAUCAAUAAAAACUGAAAUAUUCAAAUACAAAAAAAAGCAACUGUUCCACUGUUUCUCAGGCCAAAGACCACGAGCUUAAGGUUUAACACAACCUCAUUUUCUUAUUUCAGUCAGUCUAGAGUUUACUCUAGAAGUGAGGAUGGGUCUUGUUUUGGAAUACAACUGUUUAUUUCUUGCUGAUGCUAAUUUGCUGCAACACUACAAAGACUGUUGUUUCAGGACGAGGCUUUUUGUUACUGAUGAUUUUGUCAGUGUGUGUGUGUGUGAGUGUGAGUGUGUAAGUGUGUGUGUAAGUGUGUGUGAAUGUGAUUUUAAAGAAAGGUGCAUCUACAUGUAAAAAAAAAAAAAAAAAAAAAAAAAAAAAAAGCAGAGAAGAUAAAGAAAAGAAAACAGCUAAAGCUUUGAGCCUUUUCCUCUGCUUUGAAACACUCUGGGACUUGACCUUCUAUACAAACUUUCUCCAGGGAUGAUCUGCUCACUGUAAAUAAUAUGCAACUGUAUUAAGCAUUUCAAGUUUGGGAUUGAUUGUUUCGAUUGAUUUGCGGACGAUCUGGAAAAAAAAGGUCACACAAGUGCCUGUUCAAGCUGAAGCAGGACGAACUGAAGUCACAAUCGGACUUUGUCUCAUCGAUGCCACUCUCUAAUCUGAACGGUGCUCCCACGUUCCCUUUAGCUACCAAUGUACUCUUACACUGCAGCAUCCGUCCAGCUACGCAAGUCCUUCAAGCUGAAUCAAAAUGUUCCAUUUUUCACAAUCACUCUCCAAAUCAACACAAAGCCCAAAACAGUAGCUUGACUUUCUCCGAGCUGAAUUUAAAACCUAUUUGGCUGCAAAAGACCGGAUCCCACUGUGGACAGAGAUCUUAAUUUCAAAUGUAAACAGGGCCUAAUGGUUCCAAAUUUGUCAAUCCAUACUUUUGUUGUCAACUAUUUUUGGCAAUGUGGCAAAUCAUUUUGCUGGACAGGGUUUAUGUCAAUUCUAGAAUUUUUAGGUAAUUUUUCUAACAAUGUGAAGAAGUACAUAUAUUUUUCAGUUAUCUGACUAUAAACUUAACAUUUAGUCUCUUAACAGUUUCUCAAUUUAUUCUACAGAAAAUGUACUAUAUCACAAUAUAAAACUACAUAUACUACAUACAGCUUAUAAUGUAUAUGACCCACUGUUAACGAGAACUAGGAACUUGUUGGAAACCGUUUUUAAAUAGCCACUAAAACGACUUGUUGCUGUCCCUUUUUUUGGAAAAUGCACUGAAAAAAAAAACAUUCCCUUUAAACUACAAGGGACUGCAGUUAUCUAUCACUUGUUUGUACAUUAAUAUUUGGGGCUUUUUUAAUGUUUGGGUGUGAAAAAAAUUGAAAACCCUGCAUAAUCAUUCAUUCCGUUUUGACCACCAAUGGUCCUCUUGUCUUUAGUAUAUAAUUGCUAUUCCGCACUUUUCAUUUUCAUUGAACCCUCCAGAUGAAGCACAGUUAUUGUGUCCUAAUCAGGCCUUAAAACAUCCCUUAAUUCCCCCUUUAAGUAACUCAGACUGCAAUGGUUGACACUUAUUAUGAUAUUAUGAUAAAUAAAUGGUGGAUUUUGAUGCGAUCAUGUUUAAGUUUGGAUGACUUGCUCAGCUGGAUUUUGUUCAGUGUAACAUUCCUACAACAUUUCACUGGAGCUCCGCGGGCGGCAGAUCCAUCCAAAGACGCGUGUGCAGGUUUCUUCCACGGUGCCUUGUUGUAUAUUGUGUACACUUAUUUUGUUUUCCAUGUGUGGUUUCAUUCAUUUUUCGUAUAAUGUGCAAUGUUAUAUAAAUAUAUAUAUAUAUAUUAUAAUCACAUGGCUGUACAUUUUAUACUGCAAGUCUUUGCCUUCUACUUUUUUCUCCUGAAUGAUGACGAUAUGGUGAUUUUCUCAAGAUGAAAAUCUUGUUGUAUUUUUCUCUACGCAACCAUCCGACUGACAGUUGAUCUUUGACACAAUACUGGUAUCUUGUUUUUUUGUAUCUGUAUUAGCUGUGUUAUGUAUUGAACGGAUGAUUCUAACAAUAAAUGAUUACAUAU